UCUCUCUCGCUUUAUAUACCACCAACACACACUAUACAUACAAAUACACUUGGAUUUCUUCUUUUUCACCACUGCAUGUGAAACAAAACAAAGCCUUAAUACCUCUUCAACCCAGAUGGAAAAUGUUAUGUUGGAUCCUAACUGCAUCCUCAUUGAAGAAACACCUCCUGAGCUGUUGCUUCCCCUAGAUUCUCCUGAUUUAAGUGAUAUAUUCGGUGAUCCACAAUUGAGUCCGAGAGUUGGCAACAAAUACCAGGUGGAAAUUCCUCCAAUGGUAAAAGGAACUGAGCAUCUUUCGCUUUUGAUGGACCCUUUUGACUCAGAUGGCAUUCCUUGUCUUGCUCAUUCCUUUCUAUUAGGCUUACCUCUUCCUGUCACGUGGACACAUGACGAAGAAGAUAUCGAUUACGAGGAGGAAGGCAAAGGAGGUUCAUGUAAGCCCAAUGAUGGAACUAAGGUGGAUGAGUCUGUCAAAUUUCUGAAGUGCAUAAAGGGACAGAGUUCCAAAAGGAAGAGAAAUUCCGAUCCAACUCUUUAUGUCUCUGAUGCUAGGUUGGUAAACGAAAAGGAAUCGAAUGCAGACAACCUUGAGUGUGGAAUGUCGAACAAAACCAGCCUAUUUCGACCGUUUGAAGUUAAAAACUCUCAUCUAGUUCCUGGUGUGGUAGGUGAUUCCUGGACCAAUGCAGAAGUGGAUGGUUUUCUUCUUGCUUUAUAUAUAUUCGGGAAGAAUUUUGGGCAGAUAAAGCCAUUCAUCGAGAACAAGGACAUGGGGGAUAUAUUGUCAUUUUAUUAUGGGGCAUUUUAUAGGUCUGAUGGAUAUUACAGAUGGUCAGAUAGCCAAAAGAGAAGUCGCCAAAAAAUUGUAUAUGGGCGGAAAAUCUUUACUGGCUGGAGGCAACAGGAAUUGUUAUCUCGUUUACUUGCCCAUGUCCCAGAUGAAUUACAAAAUAAUUUGCAGGAGGUAUCUAAGUCAUUUUUGGAUGGGAAAACUUCGCUUGAAAAUUAUGUCUGCCAUUUGAAGACUAGUGUUGGAUUAUCUGCUCUUGUAGAAGCUGUAGGUAUCGGGAAGGGGAAGACAGAUCUUACAGGCCUGGCCAUAGAGCCUCUGAAGGCAACUCAAGUUUCCCCUGAAAUACCAUUUGGGAAGGCUUGCUCAUUUCUUACAUCUAGUGACAUCAUCAGAUUUUUAACUGGGGGCUUUCGAUUGAGCAAAGGUCGUUGCAAUGAUAUUUUUUGGGAAGCUGUUUGGCCACGUUUGCUUGCACGAGGGUGGCACUCUGAGCAGCCUAAGAAUCGAUGCUCUGCUGGUUCCAAACAUUAUCUAGUUUUCCUUAUGCCGGGAGUGAAGAAGUUCUCGAGAAGGAAACUUGUUAAAGGAAAUCACUACUUUGAUUCUGUUAGUGAUGUUUUGAGCAAAGUUGCAUCUGAACCAACACUUAUCGAGCUUGAUUCUGAAGGAGAUUGUAUGAAGAGUUGCAAUGAAGAAAAUGCAGGGAUUCCUGGGGAGUCAUUGGAUAAAGAUGAUCCUGCCUAUCAUAAGCCUUGUUAUCUCAAGCCCCGAGUCUCCAUUUACAAUUCUAACCAUAUGAAGUUCACAGUCGUUGAUUCCAGUUUGAUCCAUGGAGGAAAAGCAUCCAAGAUGAGAGAACUGAGAUAUUCACCAAUUGAAUUGAUGUUUACUUCGAAACCAAUUAACAAGAAUGCUCGAGAUUUAGAGCUGGUAAAUGCUAAUCAUAUGCUGUCAAAAGGUGAUAAGUGUGUUACAGAGGCUCACCAAUGUGAGGGUAUAAUGGCUAGCUCUACUGAACACCACAUGAAAUUUACCGUUGUGGAUACCAGUUUGCUACACGGAGGAAAAUCAUCCCACGUAAGAGAACUCAGAUGUUUACCGGUUAAGUUUGAAAUUUCUUCCAAAAUUGCAGACAGACUAUCAAGUCGUUGUUCAGUUGCCACUGAUGCAAAACCUAGUGGUGAGUCAAUUGCUGCUGAUAAUGUUACGAAAAGUGAAGGUAAAGAUGAAAAGGACAUUUCAAAUCAAGAUCCGAGGAACUCAUGUACUGUAGACCAGAAUUUGGCGACUCACCAAGACAAGAAGACCGACACAUCAGAAGAUGCUAGGUCAAAGAGGAUAAUAAAACACCAUUUCAGUCGAAGAUCUAAAUCGAGUCCUUCUGUUAGUUUGACUCCUGAAGAACGAAAGAAACUAACGAGUAUUAACAAAGUGGCAAGCUGCCUGACCGAGAAUUUAGCUGCUCUGUCUAUUAAUUUAGCUUCUCCAAUGAAACAAAAAACAUUACUUGCUUGUGCUAAGUCGGAAGGAAGUGAUCUUGUGGAGAAUAUCUCUAGCACACCAAUUGAUCUAAUUUCUCCCAUGAAGAGACAGAGAUUAAAUGCUAGUACUAAGACCGAGGAAAGACAUGUUUUCGAGAAGUCUUCUGCUGGCAUCAAUGAACAAAUGGGGGUAUGUCAUGCCCUAAAUUCUCAAGAAGGCAACAAUGAUGUCCUCCAUGCGAGUCAUUUUCAAGAGAAAGUAUUGUUUCUUAAUUCUUCUGCUGAAGGCAAUCCAGAAUCCACAGAGACUUCUCAAGGGCAUAAUGAGAAGCUUCCGUUCCCGUCAUCAAUAAGUUCAGACCCUCCCCUGUUUCCACUGGAUGAUCGGAAAGGUGGACCAGGAAGCACUGAAGCUGAUGGCAGCCAAUUCAUCGUUUUGAAUAAUUAUGCUGAUCUGAAAACCACUACUAAUGAUUGCGUGGAAGAGCAGCAAGAAAGUGUGAAUCCCCGGAGGCAAAGCAAAAGAAGCAGGCCAUUGACCACUAGAGUGUUGGAAGCUCUCGAGAGUGGGUUCUUCAACUUAAAGAAGACGCAAAAAGUGAGAGACGUUCAAGCACCAGCAAUCCAAUUUUCAAGUCCUUCCCGAAGGGUACGCAGUAGAAAAGUAUCAAAGCUUGCAGACGUUGUUGUUAAAACUGCAGAUGCCAAGGAAGAAAAAGACCAAGAUGGUGCAUUUAUUUGUUCUAAAGUUAUCAGGAGCCAACCUCCUCAAGUGGCUGACUAAUAUUUUACGAUCUUUGGGGUUUCGCAACAUCAUGAAGUUCUUAUCGGUGACAAACUGAUGUAUCCAUUUGCCGAUGUUUUUCCGGUCCAUCAGACCGAUAUUUGGCUGGUCCAUCUCUGAUGGAUGCCUUCGACAUCUAUGAUAAAGCAAGGGCUGAGCAGUGGUGCAUAUGCCUUCAUUUUUCUGUCUACCUUCAGAAAAAUGAAACAUCAGCUUUUGGUUUAUCAUCAAUAGAGGCCAUUUCUGGACCUUCGAAUAGCAGCGGAUGAGAGUCGAGGAGGAGGGAAACCCUAUUCAAUGCACGCGCGUAGGGGAAGAUUUCCCGAAACUUUUGUUCAUUUUUGUAUCUUUUACUGCCCAUUUAAAUCAUGGAAUGGAAGGUUCGUUUAACAGCUUGUGAAUGUAGCUUUUUCGUGGUAUUUUUAUCCUUGUUCGGUUCUUCCACUCAUGGAUUUAUGAAAGCUGUCUGAAUUGUUCA